CCCUCGGUCAAAUACAAGAUGGCUGCCGUUCUAAAGUUCCUUGGUGUAACAAAUUAUAAAACUUGAGACAUGACAUUACGCCAUAAUAGAAAAAUCAUUUUCCUUAUCAAGUACGGCAUCUCUCCAAGAGUUGCUUACACGCAUGCGAAACAAAUUUGGCGAAGAAACGCCACUACAAAAUGGACGCAAAAACUCAAGAUGGCCGCGUCAAAAAUUCCGAACAACUACUCGACACCGAAAGACGAAACCCAAGGGCAUAAACCUUUCCGGGGAGAUGGUGAAGACUCAAAGUACCAUAUAAGGCAUAAUUUCAUACCAAUGACGAGGAAAUCGUUGGCAAAGCAAAUUAUGGAAGAAGAAACGUUAAUUUCUCCAGACGACUACAAACAUUUUCACGAAUUUUUUGUUGCCUUAGACCAUGCAAUUGGCAGACUUUACCACGAUGUUCUUGGCGAGUUAAAGUCGCUCUACGAUCCUUUGAAUCCCGACAAAGAGACUUUAGCAACGCGCUACAUCGACUUACACGAGCGGAAGGAGAGGGAAUAUAAACUACUUGCAACACUAGACAAAGUUCUAUACCAAGCUGGCUUUUAUGAAUUACCACGCGACGCGGUCCUCGAGGCAUUGAAAGAACACGAUAUUGGCGACGGAGUUCUGGUUAAAGUCGAUCCAAACAAAUACGACAUUUUAAGGAUAUGGGUUGUGGGUAAAGAUGUAGAGGAGGGUGAUAAGGGGAUAGGUUGGGUUAGAAAAGCUAGGAAGUCCGUUCGGUACCAGGUGUACGGGCGACCCUCGACCCGCGAGAGAUAUAAACGUGUCAUCAUUGCAGUGCGGGCUCAACAUCAACGCAAACUGAUUCUGAAAUCUUUCAAAGAUAUUCCAUGUCCGAAUCUCGAACAUCUUUUACCCGAGGGUAGAAUUGAAAUGACUCGCCUGGAUCAAAUUCUUGUUGGUCUCAGUCUUACCGUGGGCAUCACGACUGCUGUGGUGAAAAUUAUCUCAUUUGUAACCGACCACAACAUUGGCGUGUUACCAAUAGCAACAAUCAUAACGAUGGCGUUGCUUGUUAGAACAUGGAGUGUAUAUAACAGUCGAAGAAAUAAGUAUUUGGCAGACCUAGCGCAGACGCUGUACUUCAAGUCAAUGGCCAACAAUCGCGCAUUACUUACACUCGUCGUCGACCGAGCUGAAGACGAAGCGUACAAGUCGGCAUUGCUGGCAUAUAGUUUCAUCAGAGCAUCAUCAAGAUUGUCGCUUUCAGAAGAGAAUCCGCUGGACGAAGAAUACAUGGACGGUAUAACUAAAGAGGAACUGCAGGCGCAGAUUGAAGGCUGGAUUGAAAAUAAAUUCGGUUUUGAAAUCGACUUUGACGCGAAAGAAUGCGUUACCUUCCUUGAGGAUGUUGGCAUUCUAAGUAAAACUAUCGAAGGAGAUUUAGAAAUGUUGCGGGUUCUACCAAUCAGCGAGUGCAUACCGCUCUUACCAGUCCCCCGCGACUGGCAAUCACCAAUCGAUCGAACAGAUGCUUUCGAUUUACAUGAAGUUCGUCCGUUUCACAAAGACGAGAUAGAUCACAGGCGCGAGAUGAGCUUGGAGGAAAAUACUGAGAAAAACAUGAGCUGGCAUUAGACUCGCAAAGGGGGCCGAGAAGUUUCUAACUUUUUUUAUAAAUUGGUAGUACUAGUACCUUUUCAGGUCUUGCUAAGGGAAAUUUGACAUUUUAUCAAAUAAAAGUCAAAGAAAAUGUA